GGUAAACACGUGCCAUCGUCAUUGCUUUGCACAAAAAGGGCUUCACAGGCAAGGAUAUUGCUGCCAGUAAGAUUGCACCUAAAUCAACCAUUUAUCGGAUCAUCAAGAACUUCAAGGAGAGCGGUUCAAUUGUUGUGAAGAAGGCUUCAGGGCGCCCAAGAAAAUCCAGCAAGCGCCAGGACCUUCUCCGAAAGUUGAUUCAGCUGCGGGAUCGGGGCACCACCAGUUCAGAGCUUGCUCAGGAAUGGCAGCGGGCAGAUGUGAGUGCAUCUGCACACACAGUGAGGCGAAGACUUUUGGAGGAUGGCCUGGUGUCAAAAAGGGCAGCAAGGAAGCCACUUCUCUCCAGGAAAAACAUCAGGGACAGACUGAUAUUCUGCAGAAGGUACAGGGAUUGGACUGCUGGGGACUGGGGUAAAGUCAUUUUCUCUGAUGAAUCCCCUUUCCGAUUGUUUGGGGCUUGUCCGGAGAAGACAAGGUGAGCACUACCAUCAGUCCUGUGUCAUGCCAACAGUAAAGCAUCAUGAGACCAUUCAUGUGUGGGAUUGCUUCUCAUGAGCGGUUUGUGGCUGGUUGAAAAUUUCAACAAGCAUGUCUAUUCUGGGCUCAGUUUUUGAUAGUGCAACACUGAGGUCAUGCUCAGCAUUGACACUGUUUCUGUGCUUGAGAACCCUGACUUGUGUGGUGCCAAACUGGAUCAGAACAUCUACUGCUUUCUCAGUCAGGCAGAAGACCGCUUCCUGCUGUAGAUGAACAGCCCAGAACUGCCCCAAGGGUGUGAUCAAUGACUGGAGGAAGUUCAAGUGUGAGGACCAGGACACCCCUCCCGGCAAGAAGGAGCUCCUGAGACAGAUGUCCAACCCCCAGACCGAUGACAUCCCAGACAGACUCAACCGCAAGAUGAGUGUCCAGGAGUUUGAAAUGAUCGCAGAGGAGAAGUGCCUGCGCAAGAAUCGACAGCAGUGCAUGAAGGAGAUGCACAAGCGUCUCAGCUUUGGCCCUAAGUUCGACAGUGUGGUGGAGUUGGACAGCGCCGAGGCCUUCCUGGAGGUCAUUGAGAAGGCGCACCGGCUCACCCUGGUGAUCGUACUAAUCUACAAGGACGGGGUCAAAGGUUGCGAGGCACUCAACUCCUGCCUGGACUGCCUGGCCACAGAGUACACCAGCAGCAAGUUCUGCCACAUCCAGGCGGCCGCAACAGGUGCCGGCGAGCGCUUCUCAGACAACGUGCUGCCCACCAUUCUGGUGUACAAGGCAGGCAAGCUGCUAGGCAACUUCCUGUCCAUGACACAGCACCUCAGUGAGGAGUUCUUCGCUACCGAUAUCGAGGCGUUCCUCAGCGAGUAUAGCCUGCUGCCCGAGAAGGAGUUUGCGGCCUGUCCUGAUGAGGAGGAUGCAGGUGUGGAGGUGGAAUAAGGGUCUUAAUAGGGUGUCAAUGACAGUCAGAGCACAUAUUAGCCUUCUAGGCUGCUGUAAAUGCUAUAUUUUUAGUUAACAGUAUCCACUAUCCAGUCAAGGCCGUUUAAGUUUAUCACAGGCAGCGUACAUUCACAUCAGCAAAGCUACAGAUUUCAGACAUCAGCUUAAUACUGUAUGUGUGUAUCACUAUAAAAUGCUUUUAUUCUCUAUGUGUGUGAGAUUGAUAAGUGGAUAAUAUUGCAAUGAUUGUUAAAAGUUGUAUUGGCGACACAGUAUAGGAUCCUGCGGUUGGAGUAAUGAACCCCCUUUUUGGGGCUUGGGCUUGUUUAUCACUAUUGACUCAACGUCAUUGCAUUCUGUGCUAUAUUUUCAUGUUUGAAUUCAGUAGGUUUAAUGUGUUAACCCCCAAUCAAUCAUUAAAAGCAAUGAAAGUGUUGGUUGGUUUCUCGGUCUAAUUGUUUUAUCAAUAUUAACAAACCUAUAGGGAAAUUAAUGGGGGUUUCGUAUGGAUUUUAGAUAAACGCUGAAAAUAAGUCUGUGGUAACAACAGGCUUAGGAGAUGUUAUACAUUUUGUUCCUUGAGAAUCAGCUAAUGUAGCUUUUUGUGAAUUUCGAAGCAUUU